AAAAAAAAAAAAGGGAAAAAUUAAAAAAGAAUAUUAAAAAAAAUUAGCCAUCCAAAAAAAUUAAGCCCACACCCCACCCCCCUUCCCCACCAAAUGGACUUAGCAGAUUUGCAAAGCAACAAGCAGAACACCUCCAACACCAACAACUCAGCUCGCCAGCAGAACCAGCUUCUUCUUCAUCACCAUCAUCAUCAUCAUCAACAACAACAAAAACAAUCAUCGUCUUCUUCUUCCCCACAGUUUGUGGUCCCUUUUGAUGGCAGAUCAUCGUCUUCCGGAGGAGGGCAAGGUCCUCCUUUCAUGGGCUCCAUCUCCAUCCAAGCCGGUCUCACUGCCACAGCUGGAACGACGUCGUCUUCUUCAUCGUCAUCCUCUUCCUCAUCCUCCUCUUCGACUUCGACUUCGACAGCUCCGCCUCACCUUGUCGACGCUUCCCUCGCCAUCGCCACCAGAUCCACCCCUCUCGUCGAUUCCUCAAAGGUAAAGAACAAUAAUAGUAAUAACAACAAUAAUGAUAAUCUCAAUCAGCAGCAGCAACAACAACAAUUGUCGAUCGUUCCGCCGCCACCGGUGAAACGAUCGACGAAGGAUCGGCACACGAAAGUGGACGGUCGAGGACGGCGCAUCCGAAUGCCGGCGACCUGCGCCGCCAGGGUGUUUCAGCUGACGAGGGAGUUAGGGCACAAGUCCGACGGCGAGACGAUCGAGUGGCUUCUCCAGCAGGCGGAGCCGGCGAUCAUCGCCGCCACCGGGACCGGAACAAUUCCGGCGAAUUUCUCCACACUAAACAUCUCGCUCCGUAGCAGUGGAUCCACGCUUUCUGCUCCGCCGUCGAAGUCCGCGCCUCACUCAUUCCACGGCGCGUUGGCUCUUGCGGCGGCUCAUCAUCACCAUCACUUCGAUGAGGCCGGUUUCGCCCACGCGGGAUUGUUAGGGUUUCAUCCUCAGCAAAAUCAGCAGAAUCAGCAGACUCUCAUGGCCGAAGCGCUUCCGAGCGGAGAUAACAACAACAAUAACGGAGGAGGAGGUGGAGAGACGACGGAGAAUUAUAUGAGGAAACGAUUCAGAGAAGAUCUGUUCAAGGACGAUAAUAGUAGUUCCCAAUCGCAACAACAAGGCGAAGAAUCGUCGUCAUCGCCGUCAAACAAGACGUUCAAGCAAAUGCCUAACAAGCAAGACCCUGCCGCCGGAUCUUCCGCCGGCUUGCUUCGCCCUUCGAACCUUCUUCCGCCGACGGCGAUGUGGGCUGUUGCUCCGAGCAGCGGAGCUGGCAGCACGUUCUGGAUGCUACCUGUCACUGCCGGCACAGGUGUAUCGCCGGUUGCACCGGCGACGUCGGAGCAGCCCCACAUGUGGACGUUCCCGACGCCGCCGCCGAGCCACGGGAGCACAUUGCAGGCGCCGCUGCACUUCAUGCCGAGGUUUAAUCUCCCCGGCGGCAUUGAUUUCCAAGGCGGUGGCCGAGGAAGCCAGCUCCAGUUAGGGUCGAUGCUGAUGCAGCAACACCCGGGGGCGGCGGCGGCGCAGCCUCCGCAGCCGUCGCAGCAACUCGGGCUCGGGGUUUCGGAGUCCAAUUUAGGGAUGUUGGCGGCGCUUAAUGCGUACUCAAGAGGCGGUUUGAAUAUAAAUUCCGAUCAUCAUCAGAGCCAUCCAUUGGAGCAUCAUCAGCAUCAGCAUCAGCAUCAGCAUCAGCAUCAGCAUCAGCAACAUCAGAGUCAAGCUACUAACAGUGGAGAUGAGGAUCCAAAUAAUUCACAAUGACAUGGAUUCAGAGACUCCUAUGAUAUUUAUACAACUUGGUUAGUUGCUCUUGAUUCUUAUAUAUAUAAAUUCCAUUUUUUAAAGAAAAAGUAUUUAUAGGAGUAAGGAGUGCUAGAGAUUGCUGGGUUUGUUUUCAUUUGCAGAUUUGGGAGUUUGAAUUUGUGAUAAAUUUGAGUUUGAGUGCUUGAAAAAAAUUUCAUGGAUGGCCCAUCUGAAAAGAUAGGUUGCUAGUUGCCAUUGUAGUUUUGUUUUUGUUAAUUUUUGGUGAGUUGUAGUAGUUAAUAUUCUCUCUCCCUCUCUCUCUCUUUUUUUUCCCCUAAUAUUCUAGAUUGCUUUGGAGAGGAGAUUGAUAUGUAAUUUGUUAGUUUGGUUGGUCCAAAAGGGACCCAAAAAAGAACAGGCAGAGUGAGAUUGUAUAGGAGGAUUUAUCUAUUUGUGUUUAGUGUAUUAUUAUUUGCAUUUCUGUUUGUAUGAGAUGAAAAAAUGGAAAAACGAGAAAAAGUAAUUAAGAAAAAAAAAGUUCAAUAAAUUC